CAGGGAUGACCAGAGACUGCGGACAGCACAGGGAUGACCAGAGACUGCGGACAGCACAGGGAUGACCAGAGACUGCGGACAGCACAGGGAUGACCAGAGACUGCGGACAGUACAGAUGAGUGCUGACCUUUGGGGAGGUGGGGAGCGGGUACCUGAAUUUGACAGGUACCCGCUCUUACUUCCGCAGAGUUUUGUUUGUUUGAUCUUACCUGUUCCUCGAUCCAGCCGCGCGCUGUCUUCCCGGCUUCUGUAAUGGCGCUUGGCAUGACAGCCGGGUGCCCAGUGCGCAUGAGCGAGAAGCACUUGCGCUUUGUGAUUGGUCCCGCGACUUCUGGGAUCUGUCAUGUGUCCCAGGUACCGCCUUACCAUUCACAAAAA